AUGCCUUCGCGUCGCAGCCAUACCAAGUCCCGAAGGGGAUGUUUCCAAUGUAAACGGAGACAUGUCAAGUGCGACGAAGACAUUCCGCGCUGCACACUGUGCAAAAAGCGAGGGCUCGAGUGUACAUACCCCCCUCCUACCGAGGGCGAUGGCCAAUUCCCGCCGACACCACAGGGCAGCAGCAGCGCCACCGAGAACAGCACACACCCGGACGCCGAGUGGCCCGUGCAAACGCGCCUGCUCGAGAUGAAGCUCUUCCACCACUACGUCAUCGACGCCUCGUUCACGCUGCGGCAGGAUGUCCUUGACCCGGGCCACUUCCAGGUCGCGGUCCCGCGGCUUGCAUCUUCGAAUCCCUUCUUAUUAGAUAUCCUCCUCGCAUUCUCCGCACUACACCUCGCCUUCCUCGAACAAGGCACCAGCGAGGCCAAGUGGCUCGAGAUCGCGCUCAAGUACCAGAACCGCGCGUGCUCGGCGUUUAGCAAGGUGCUUGCGGGGCUAUCCCCCGAGAGCUUGGGUCCGGCGUUUAUCUGUUCGAUUUUCAUCAUGCUGUGCGCUUUUGCGUACCCGUGUGUGUCGCAGAAUCGGGACACGUUUGAUCCGCUCGCGCAGGUGUUGGAGAUUCACCGGUUGCUUGUGGGUUGUGCGUUUUUGUUCCAGCAGCUGGAUAGUGUGGAGCAGCCCGAGGAGAUGCGCGCAUGGCUUGUUUAUAAGCAGCCCGAGGUUUUUGUUAAGAAUGGGGUUGUUGAGGAGGCGCAGGAUAACUCCGCUUUGGAAGAGUUACAACGCGACCUCCUCAAAUCCCUCGAUAACCUCCACAGCGCAAUCUCCUCAUCAGACAGCCCUCACCGCACCAUGUACCAAAGCACCUGGGCGACGCUCGACGAGAUGAUCAAAGAGUGGCCCCUCGGCAAAGCCAAGGGCGGGAUCCUAGCCUUCCCGAUCCACAUCAGCGAGGAGUUCAUGGCGCGGCUAAAGGAGGGCGACUGGACGGCUCGGAUGUUGUUCUUGCAUUAUGGGGUUGGAAUGCAUCUGCUGUCGAAUAAGUGGUAUGUGGGGAUCUGGGGACGGCGGCUCGUUGCGACGGUGCUGCAGCCUGGGGAGGAGAUUCCGCCAUCUUGGGAGGGCACGGUGAGGUGGGCUAGGAGGGCGGUGGGGUGUGAUGUGGAUGGUGAUGAUGAGUCGGGCAUUCCGGUUAAGGUGGAGGGCACGGAGUUGGUGGAGACGGGCGAGAAGACUUGUGUUCUAUAG